UUAGACAUAAAAUAAUGAAGAUUUUUGUAUUAAGAAGAAGAAGAAGAAGAAGAUGAAGAUGAAGAAGAAGAGGAAGAAGUCAAUCAUAUUUGUAGAAGAUGCCAGCGAUGAGUAUAUCAGUUUCAAAUUUCCCCUUCAUCUUCACAACUAAUUUAGAACCCUUAUAAUAAACUUCCAUUAAUCGUCAUCAUCAAUUCAAACUCCAGUUCAAUAAUUCAAUCCACAUUUCUCAAUUUUACCAAAAAUGGGGAAAGGGAACGGAUGCGUACCUAGCAAGAACGGACCAUCUGUAACCGUCUCCGAUGCGAAUCCAAUUCCAAUUCCCGAUCAACCAAAAUCCACCGCCAGAGAAAUCUCCAGGAAUCUCAGAAUCUUCAUCGUCUAUUACUCCAUGUAUGGUCACGUCGAUCUCUUGGCCAAGAGGAUGAAGAAAGGAGUCGAUUCUGUUGACGGCGUCGAAGGUGUUUUGUUCAAGGUGCCGGAGACUCUGCCGUUGAAAACGCUGGAACAGAUGAGAGUUCCGGUGAAGGAUGAUGGCGUGCCGGUGAUUUCCGUGGAGGAGAUGGUGGAAGCAGAUGGAUUCUUGUUUGGGUUUCCGACGAGGUAUGGAUCUAUGGCGGCGCAAAUGAAAUCGUUUUUUGAUUCGACGAUUGUUCUUUGGCAGGAUCAGAGAUUGGCCGGAAUUCCCGCCGGAUUGUUUGUGAGUACCGGAACUCAAGGCGGCGGGCAAGAGACGACGGCGUUAACAGCAGUGAAUGUUCUAGCAUACCAUGGGAUGGUGUAUGUUCCAAUAGGGUACACUUUUGGGAGUGAAAUGAGUAAUUUGGAGUCCACAAGAGGAGGAUCUCCAUAUGGGGCUGGAGUCUUCUCUGGUGAUGGCUCAAGACCUCCAUCUUCCAAUGAGCUUGAUCUUGCUCAUCAUCAAGGCAAGUACAUGGCUACCCUACUUAAACGAUCCCUCCCUUUUUACUCUCGUUGAAUUACACGUUUAGUCCUUAUCCUUGUACAUGUCUUCAAUUUGUAUCUUUACAUAUACCUUCUAAAAGUUUUCUUCUUGUUCCUAUCAUUUGAUUAAGACGACUUACUAGAUACUUCUAAUCUUAAGUAAGAUAUGCAGUAGAUGAUGUCUAACUUUUGAGCCUCUUGUUUGUGGUUGAGUGGUAAAAAGAGGAAUAUAAUAGCAUUUUGCAAUUGAGAGUGAAGGUCUAAUUCAAACU